AAAGGUAGCAGCUGAAAUACUUCGGAUGUUAAUCUCUCCUGUAAUCUCCCCUCUCUCUCUCUCUGAUAUUCAUCGCCCAACUUAUUAGAGAAAAUCGUUCCAAACUGAAAUCUUCUAAAUAUAAGAGAAGAAUGUUUUUACUAUUCGUAGCUGUGUUAGUCUCAGUAUCGAUUCAUUUCAUAUUGAAGAAAUGGCGCCAAAGUAAUCUCCACUCCCUCCAGACAGGAGAGGCGGGAUGGUUCGGCGAAGAGGAGAAAGGGGGAAAUGAAGAAUGCGAGCCAUUCACCGUCCGUGUUCCUGAAGAGGUACUGACAGAUUUAAGGCAUCGUUUGGAAAUAGCAAGGAUCCCUCAGUCUCUGGUGGACACAAACUUCGAGUAUGGCUUCCACUCGGACUAUCUUCGAGAAGUGGUCAAUUAUUGGAAAACGGAGUACGAUUGGCGUCGCCAGGAAGAACAACUCAUCAACAGAUACCCUCAGUUUAAAACAAAAAUCGAAGGAUUGAGAGUACACUUUAUUCAUGUCAAACCUAUCCAGGCGGGAGAGAGAAAACCGAGAGUGUUUCCUCUCCUCGUCCUACAUGGGUGGCCGGGUUCUUUCGUCGAAUUCUACAAACUGAUACCGCUGUUGACAACUGAAAGGGAUGACCAGGACUUCGUUUUCGAAGUGAUAUGCCCUUCCAUUCCCGGAUACGGAUUUUCUGAAUCUCCACACCAAAAAGGUUUUGGCACAAGAGCCGCGGGCAGAGUUUUUAAGACCCUGAUGGAACGACUGGGACAUUCUAAAUUCUACGUUCAAGGAGGAGACUGGGGUGCAAUAAUUGCCAUGAACAUGUCCAAAGUUUAUCCGGACAAGAUAUUAGGAGUUCACGUGAACUACUUCACCUUCAAUGCUUUCAGUUUCUCAUUGGCAGCGAAAUACAUCCUGGCGAGUGUCUGUCCCUCUUUCGUCUCCCCCCAACAGUACAAGUGCAUCUACCCCUUCAGAGAGAUGAUUAGAAACAUGAUAGAAGCAACAGGCUAUUUUCACAUUCAAAGCACCAGACCAGACACAUUGGCAUACGCACUGAAUGAUAGUCCGGUGGGACUGGCUGCCUACAUUCUGGAGAAAUUCGCCCUCUGGACAGAUUCGACCCACAAAUACCUUCCUGACGGUGGACUGACCAAGAAGUUCACCCUGGACGAGCUGCUGACGAACGUCAUGAUAUACUGGGUGAACGCGAACAUUUCCUCUACUCACCGCUUUUAUAAAGAAACUUUUAAUGACGAUCACAGGAGUGACUACGAAAAAAUGCCCAUUGAAGUGCCGUGUGGAAUAACCAAUUGCGUGAAUGAUUUGCCCGCACCCAAGUUCUUCAUUUCACGAAAUUUGGUGAAGAAUCUGGUGGUGCACAGCUCGCACGAUAAAGGGGGGCACUUCUUAGCGUUGGAAGAACCUCAGCUGCUGGCUGACGAUAUCUGGAAGUUCGUACGACUGGUGGAAGAAAGAAAAAUAUCUCAGCUUAUCAGGGAAAAGCUAAAGAAGAAAUAAGAUGACUGAUGGUAAUUGGAAUCUUAUUGCAUGUCUACAAUUUCGUUUGCCAGCAAUAAACAAACAUCCAUUUAGCUUCAUAA